AGCUUGCAUACGAAAAAUGUUCCACGAAACGAACAUUAGAAGAUUAUCCUUACCUCGAAAUUGGAAAACAACUCUGUCAUCCACAUUAUUGCAAAAUCGUAGAGCCAAGUAGAAACAAACGAGCGCAUAAAUCAAAAAAAGCAAAAACAGCGGAUUUUUAA